UUCAAUGCAUACAAUUCCAUUUCAACUAGAACUAGGCAAACACUGUCGCUUUCAACAUUGUCCAACCCAUUCCAAAUCCAACACUAAUCUCAUUUCUGAUCAGACACAACAAACAAUCAUCAAACUCCAACGUUCCUGUCCAAUUUCAACAUACUACUAACUUUUUGCUUCAAACAAUCACUUGAUUUGGUCGAAUUCCAGUUUGAUUUAAAAAAAAUGCAUACUUUGAUGGGUUUCUUCCUUUAACUUGUUCAGAUUUUGGGGAUUUCUUACCUUUUACUCGUCUCAGAUCCUAUUUUUCUCCUUCAGGAGUUCUAUAAGGUUGGAUUGGAGUGUUAGGUUUAUUGGAAAAAGUAUGGAAAUUUGUUUUAUGAGUGAAGAAUUUAGUCAAUGAUUUGGUGAUUUUUAGGGAAAGUAAGUUCUAGGGUUUUUGAUUCUAUGGUCAGUGAUUUUGAUUAAGCAAUGAUUAUGACAGGUUUUGGGUUGAAAGAGUGUUGAAUGGGGAUUCAAACAAUGGGUUCUCAAAGUAAUGGGCAACAGUCUUGUUUACCGGCUAAUCAGUUAGUUAAACAAAAUUCAUGGUAUGGUCUUACUCUUGAUGAGGUUAACAAUUUACUCGGAGAUUUGGGGAAGCCGUUAGGGAGCAUGAAUCUCGACGAGCUUCUUCAGAAUGUAUGGACUGCGGAAGGGAAUAAUGUUGUAGGGAUAGAGAGGGAGCACGUUUCUUCUUCGUCAUGUUCUCUUCAACGUCAGGCUAGUAUGACGUUGGCUCGGGCUUUGAGUGGGAAGACGGUGGAUGAUGUAUGGAGAGAAAUCCAGCAUGGUCAGAAGAAACAGUAUGGCGACGACGAGAAGAUUGUGGAUAGAGAAAUGACUCUUGGUGAUACGACAUUGGAAGAUUUUUUAGUGCAAGCGGGGCUUUUCGCGGGAGCUUCUGAUAGUUCGACAGCGGGGUUGGAUUCAAUGGAUGCAGUUAUUCCUCAGAGUUUUCAACAGAAAACAGGCUUGUUAUCGUCUUCUUCUAUUAGUAGUAUGUCAGACGCGAAACCAGGUCGCAGAAGGGAUACCUCGGAUGCAUAUGAGAAGGCUCUCGAAAGGAGGCUGAAAAGGAAAAUCAAGAAUAGGGAAUCUGCCGCGCGAUCACGGGCGAGAAAACAGGCUUACCAUAAUGAACUGGUUACCAAGGUUACUCGACUAGAAGAAGUAAAUAUACAGCUCAAGAAAGAGAAGGAGUUCGAGCAGGGGCUACCACCAGAACCAUCACAGGAACCAAGAUAUCGUCUUCGAAGAAUAAGUUCCGCCCUUUUCUGACAAGCGACCAACAAUGAAGUUUCCUAGCUCCUUAUGUUCACGGCUUUAUGUUGAAUUGUUCGUGAUAAAUAGAGCAUAACUUCAUUGCAAAGUGUUGCUGCCCCUGGCGUGCUUUCGUUCAAUCGACGUCUAUAUUUAACUAACUAAAGGGUACAUAUUAGCUAAGGUUGGAUGUUCAUAGAGUUUCUUGGCGGAAGUGUUGCCUGUUUGUGUGAGAAUGAAGAUUGUCUUUGUAAGCUGCGGGGAUUAUUAGGGAAUCUAGUUCUUGAAAAAGGUGAUUAACUUCCAAAGCAAGUGAAACUAAGUAGGUGUUAUUAGAGUAUUUUAAAACUGCAGGUUUGUAAUAGGUUUGAUCUUAGUUAUACUAUAUGGUUCAGUUGUGGAAAAGUUGUGUGCUGUGUAGAGAAAGAAACUUUAUGGAAAAAUGAAAUAGCAAAAGAAGAAUUAGUUUAUGAUA